AACCAUUGAUUGUGUAGGAGGAGUCGCCGCUCUGAGUGCUGUGGCAGAAUCCUUCACCAAGACGAAAAACUGAGAAGCACGCUUUGUAACCCUCACACUGGGGGAUUGGGUGAAACGAGGAAAACAUUUUACUUUGCCGUGUAAGCUCCUGCAUGAACUUAAUGUUUUUUUUUUUCAAUAAAUACACGUUGGCCAUUCUUAACAGACAUUUGGAAGUCUGGUUUUCUGCUAAUAUUUUAAGUACAAAAAUAUCGACGGAGCUGUAGCGGGCAGCCAACAAACGAGGUCGCUGAGCCAGGAAGGAGUGUGGCAGAUUCAUUGUACUUUUAAUUAUUUAAACUCGCUGGAGAUUGUACGGGAGAUAGGUUAUUGUUUAUAGCGCUGUCUUGCACGCGAAAGAAAGAGUGUAUCAAAAUAUUGUUAAUAAUUAUUAACUGGUGGUGCCAUGUCCGCGCCAUCAUCGAACACAUCCCAGGGUCUAGCCGGGGAUUUGGCUCUCAAGCCCAUCGGCCAAACCCCGAGCCAGAGCCGCUUUCAGGUCGAUCUGGUGGCGGAGGCAGCUGGAGCUGCGUCUGGUGGCGAUGCCUCUCAGAGUACCAAACCGACUACAGCAUCGCCAGAUGCAACCGGGGACAAAUCUGCUUCAGACAGUGGCAAGCAAGCAACAUCACAGCAUCCACCCGGAGGCGAGGAAGCCAAAGGCAGAUUCAGGGUUGUCAACUUUGUGGACCCAUCUGGCGCCGAGAGCCCACCAGAACUCAACGUUGUGAACACCGAUGGUUUCCAGAAUGGGGAUACGGUUAUGAGCGAAGGGAGCCUACACUCCUCCACUGGGGGCCACCAUCAUUAUUACUAUGACACCCAUACCAAUACCUACUACCUGAGGACUUUUGGUCACAACACUAUAGACGCGGUACCUAGGAUCGACUUUUACAGGCAGACGGCCGCGCCACUCGGGGAGAAGCUGCUGAGACCCAGCCUGGCAGAGUUGCACGAUGAGCUAGAUAAGGAGCCUUUUGAGGACGGUUAUGCCAAUGGAGAAGAAACCACUCCUGCACAAGAGGCAGCAGCCAAGGAAGCGAAUGAGGGCAAAGGUGUUGUGAAGUUUGGCUGGAUUAAAGGUGUACUGGUACGAUGUAUGUUGAAUAUAUGGGGCGUCAUGCUCUUUAUUCGCAUGACGUGGAUUGUCGGGCAAGCUGGCAUUGCUCUUUCCUUUGCUAUUAUCUUGAUGGCAACAGUUGUGACAACCAUCACUGGAAUGUCCACUUCAGCCAUAGCGACCAAUGGGUUUGUGCGAGGAGGAGGGGCGUAUUACCUGAUAUCCAGAAGUCUGGGACCUGAGUUUGGAGGGUCAAUUGGCCUUAUAUUUGCCUUUGCGAAUGCAGUAGCAGUGGCCAUGUAUGUUGUGGGCUUUGCGGAAACCGUCGUGGAGAUGCUGAAGGAAAGCGAUUUACUCAUGAUUGAUCAAACCAAUGACAUCCGAAUCGUUGGCACUAUCACUGUCAUUUUGCUGCUUGGAAUCUCUGUAGCUGGAAUGGAAUGGGAGUCUAAGGCCCAACUCGUUCUCCUGGUUAUUCUGAUAGCAGCCAUUUUCAAUUAUGUUAUUGGAUCAUUUAUCCCCAUGGAGUCUAAAGAAUCCAAAGGAUUCUUUGGAUACAAAGGUGAAAUAAUGAUGGAGAACAUGGGUCCUGAUUUUCGAGACGGAGAGACUUUCUUCUCUGUCUUUGCCAUUUUCUUCCCAGCUGCAACGGGGAUUCUUGCUGGUGCGAACAUCUCUGGGGAUCUUGCGGAUCCGCAGUUAGCUAUCCCAAGAGGAACUCUCUUGGCCAUCUUGAUAACUACUAUAGUUUACCUUGGAAUUGCUUUUUCUACAGGUUCUUGUAUUGUGCGUGACGCCACAGGGAAUAUUAAUAGCACCAUUGUUGGAACGCUUACAAAUUGCACUCAAGCAGCUUGUAAAUCUGGUUAUGAUUUCUCUUCCUGCACAAGCGUGACAAAAUGUGCAUACGGCCUCCAGAACGACUUCCAGGUAAUGAGCUUGGUGUCAGGAUUUGGACCUCUCAUUUCUGCUGGCAUCUUUUCGGCCACUCUUUCUUCAGCUUUGGCUUCUCUAGUGAGCGCACCCAAAGUCUUUCAGGCUUUGUGCAAGGACAAUAUCUACCCAAGUCUUGGGGUGUUUGCAAAGGGAUAUGGCAAGAACAACGAACCGCUGCGUGGCUACAUGCUCACCUUUGUGAUUGCUCUGGGAUUCAUAUUGAUCGCCGAGUUGAACACCAUCGCUCCCAUCAUUUCCAACUUUUUCCUGGCCUCCUAUGCCUUGAUCAACUUCUCUGUGUUCCACGCUUCUCUGGCAAAGUCACCAGGUUGGCGCCCUGGAUUCAAAUACUACAACAUGUGGGUCUCACUCAUUGGAGCUGUCAUGUGCUGUGCUGUGAUGUUUGUCAUUAACUGGUGGGCAGCCUUGGUUACGUACGUCAUUGUCCUGGCCUUGUACAUCUAUGUCACCUAUAAGAAACCAGAUGUGAACUGGGGUUCUUCAACUCAAGCUUUGACCUACCUCCAGGCACUACAGCACUCCAUUCGCCUUACUGGUGUAGAGGAUCACAUUAAAAAUUUCAGACCGCAGUGCCUGGUAAUGAUUGGUCCUCCAAAUUCCCGUCCAGCGCUGCUCAAUCUGGUCGAUGCCUUUACGAAAAACGUUGGCCUCAUGGUCUGUGGACAUGUUCGCAUGGGCCCUCGCAGACAAGCCUUUAAGGAACUGGCAAACGAUCAAGCUCGAUAUCAACGCUGGUUACUUAGGAACAAAACCAAGGCAUUCUACACUCCAGUGUACGCAGAGGACCUCCGGGAGGGAUGCCAGUUCUUGCUACAGGCUGCUGGUCUGGGGCGACUGAGACCCAACACACUGGUUGUUGGCUUCAAAAGUAACUGGAGAGAUGGAGAUAUGAAGGAUGUGGAGACAUACAUUAAUAUGAUGCAUGAUGCAUUUGACUUUCAGUAUGGAGUGGUUGUCAUUAGACUGAAAGAAGGACUUGAUAUUUCCCAUAUUCAAGGACAAGAAGAACUUCUGGCCUCUCAGGAGAAAUCGGCUACUCCAAAGGAAGUUGUAGUGCAUGUUGAUCAAGGCAAAGAGUCUGAUGCUGACUCCUCUAAACCAUCUUCCAAAGCAACCAGCGAGCACAACAGCCCUGCUAUUCAGAAAGAUGAAGAAGAGGAUCGCAAGGCUCCAACGCAGCCACUGUUGAAAAAAGAAGCAAAAAGUCCUUCUACCCCAUUAAACUUGGCUGACCAGAAACUGCUGGCGGCUAGCAAACAGUUCCAAAAGAAACAGGGCAAAGGAACUAUAGAUGUCUGGUGGCUCUUUGAUGAUGGGGGCUUGACGCUGCUGAUCCCCUAUCUGCUCACCAACAAGAAAAAGUGGAAGGACUGCAAGAUCAGAGUGUUUAUUGGUGGGAAAAUCAAUAGGAUAGACCAUGACCGAAGAACAAUGGCUACUUUACUCAGCAAAUUCAGGAUGGACUUCUCAGACAUCACUGUCCUUGGAGACAUCAACACAAAGCCAAAGAAAGAAAACAUCGCAGUGUUCGAGGAAAUGAUAGAGCCCUUCAAGCUCAAUGACGACGACAUGGAACAAGAUGCCGCCGAGAAAAUGAAAGCCGAAGAACCCUGGAAGAUCACUGAUAAUGAGCUGGAGAUUUACAAGACCAAGACCUAUCGCCAAAUCCGACUGAAUGAAUUGUUGAAGGAGCACUCGAGCACAGCGAACCUCAUUGUCAUGAGCAUGCCCCUGGCCCGAAAGGGGGCUGUGUCUAGUGCUCUCUACAUGGCCUGGCUGGAAACCCUUUCUAAAGACCUGCCACCCAUACAACUUGUGCGUGGCAACCACCAGAGCGUCCUCACCUUCUACUCCUAAACAACACGUACUCAGGGACUGACCUCUUUCGCCCACACUGUGCUACUGCAGUGUCCAGUCACACCUUAUAGAAGACUUUGAAGAAGCUGCACCACCACUGCAAGGAGAAAGGGUCUGACUCUGUGGGCAAAGCACCACCAGUCCCAUCGGCCUGAAAGGACACACAUGACUAGGGGGUGGGGCGGGGUGACUUCAGUUUCGACCUUUUUGACCUGAAGGAUCCAGUGAUCUUAUCUCAUUUUUUUUUUGUUUUCUUAGAUUGAAUGUUUAAAAUUCUUAAUUUUACAAGAACAUAACGACAAAAACAAAACUGUGAGCAGUUGGGGUUUUCUUUUGCUUCUUAAAUGACUAUUCUUUUUGCUACUUGAAAAGCAGCUCUAAUCACAAGUUAGUUUUCUUUUUCUUCUGUUAGAGAAACUGAAAAACAUUGCAUUACACUUUGCAAAACCUUCCUAGCCUUGUUCAGAUGCCUUCCACAAAAAAAGUGAUAAAUAAAUAAAAUCUUGACCAAAUUUUAUAUAUAUAUAUAUAUAUAUAUAUAUAUAUAUAUAUAUAUAUAUAUAUAUAUAUAUAUAUAUAUAGUUAAAUUAUGACUGUAGUGAGGAAUUUAUAUGAGUAGAACUCCAUAAAUUAGUGGUCUCUUCCACUUGUGGGCACAAAAGAAGCUGCUUUUAUGUUUUGUUCCACACUUUCUGUCUUCCUUGGAGGUGUGAAUGAGUUUGCUUCUAUAAAAAUCCCUCCACAUAUACAUUUAAAACCACCUCAGAAAUCCUUGCAUAUUACGAAUAAGGGGAGUGAACCUUCAGAAAAACAGAGCAGACCAGAUCACCCAAAGUUCUGACUUCAUCCAAAGCAAAUGCUAUCCUUGCAAAGAACAGAAUAUUCAGUGUGAUGCUUAAUGUUGUGCAUGUUAACUUGUGCAAUAGUGUGCUGUCAGAUUACAGCAUUACAGGUAACAAAGAGCAUUAAUCUGAACCAAAUAUAAGUAGCUCUGGUCAGUGUAAUCCAAAUCGAAACGGGUGUUCUUUAAAACUAAAAUCUGUCAUUGUUCACACCUCUCCUAAACAAGUACUAAGUUUUAUGUAAGGCAAAGCCUUUUACCAUUUUUAUAUCUACUAAAUCCAUUUGUUUCUGAUCCAGCAGCUGGUACCUGUACAAAUGCAGGUCAGGGUGAAGGGAGUUUUAUCAGUUUUAGGCCAUGUCUAAUGUUCUAAUUUAUUAACAGUAACUAAUAAGUGAUUGGGGAAGCCACAGGCUUUUCCAGAUUAAGGCAUUUGCUUCCAAAGCACAAUUAAAAGAUUAAUCUGCCUUAAUUAAAGAUGAUAUAAAGAUCUGUUUUAAAUGUAUCUGAUCUACAUUAUUUCAGACAUCCUUCUAUAACUACAACAACUCAGAACCCCACAUCCCACAGCUGCCCAGCAAAUAUAAUUGUUUUAAAUGUUUAAAUAUACAGUCAUUUGUAUGUUUAGAAAUACAUUUAAAAAAUGAAUUUUUGAGAUCUAGUUUUAUCUACAAAUAAUACAGCUAUAACCUUGAAUGUAGUCCUGACAUAUGUUAUGUGGCUUGUCUUACAAGAUCAGAGAUAGUUGAAACCAUUGAUUCAGCUGACAUGGACUGACCCAGUAGGAAGCAAUGGGACUAUAUAUUUCAACCCAUUUCCUAAGUAACACCUACCUAUGGUAAGGUGAGUGCUAGGGGGAGCCUCGUCUAUAAUGAUGAAGGGUAAGCAUGAGCAUAUAGUUAUUUAAUUUUCACUAACUGAAUUCAGUGAGAAUUGUCAAAGAAAUUGCCUUUUUUCAGAUGUAUAGAUGUAUGUGUUUUUAGAAGUAGCACAGCCAAUAUUGUACACUAUGUAACCCGAUAUAUUUGCAGGAUAAUAUUUCUGACAACUGAACACAGGGUCACAUGAAAAUCGUAUGAACGUAUUCUAUAUAUAUAUAUAUAAUUUAGUUUGUUUUUUUUUUUUUUUUUUUGUUUUUAGUUGGAUAUAGGCCUUAUGUAUCCAGCUAUUGAGACUGUGAGGAUAUUUUUUAUGAUCAUUAGCAAUAGCAGGCAUCCACUGAUUAUGCAAAGCGAUUUGUUUGUGAUGCACAUGUAUUUAUUUAUUUAUUUAACCCCCUAAAUGAAUCAAAGAAAUAUGAUUCUGUGUUUCCCAGAGGCCUCUUUGCAAUCUUAAAUGCCUCAGCCAUUAGAAUUGCAGUAUGUGGUGACAGAGCAAUAAGACUGCUUUUCAUGGUAAAGCAAGCAUCCCUGAUGUGUAUAAUUCAUAUGUUCCACAGAACCCAGUUCUAUAAAUUGGUGCAUGCUGUACACCUACUGAAUAAUCUGUACACCAUAACAUGUUUACUGCAGUCUUUUUUUGUCUCAGUCAGCCCACACAUACAGACCAGGAGGCUAGAAAAGGACCUUAGCACUCGAUAAAUCAUUUCUGUGCUGUUUUCAGGGGCAUUGUACAAUUGCAGUUUCUUUACGAAAUACAACAUGGGAAGCAAUGUAGUUGUAAGCCUAUCAAAAUGUGGAGGGCAUUCCUGGAGAAGCUGUAAAAUAUAAUGAAUGUAAAAAAAUGUUAUACCAUUUCAAUGUACAUGAGUAAAGCAUACUGACUCUUGGUGGUACUUGCUUAAGGUGUGUUCUUGGUAGCUAACAUAGUCUUCUACAACUGUCUAGUAUACCCAGAUAGUAGACCUCUUAGUACUGCUUAAAUACCACAAAAAGAACAGAUUUAACUUGACAUCUGUUGCUAAUGAUCUUUCAAAUAAAGUGUGUUUUUGUGUGUGUGCGUGUGUGUGUACAUUUCUAUAAAUACACAAAACAGAUGUAAAAUGAAUAGAUAAGGUAGGAUACUUAUACUUCUUGUGUCUGUUACUACUGUGCCACUGUCCAGUACUUCAAGAAUAUCCCACAACGGUUUUCCAUUUCAGUUAUCUGAUGCUGGCAAGCUUUGUGGUCAUUCCAUUUUUAAUGACAUCUUUUCACCAGUUUGUCUGUCUUGUGUUUUAUAGCUGAAGUCAGUUGUAGGUAGAAAAAAAUUAAAAAGAAGUAAAAGCGAUGGUCAUCCAUAUUACUAUUUGGCCUAGUUUGCACUGUGUAUUUAAUAGUAACCUGUAAAUAACUAAUAACACAUUAGAAAUUAAUUAAGAGAGUGACUAUAUUAAUGAAAACAUUUGAUGGGUAACACUUUAUUUUUAUUUUAUUUUUUUUCUCUUGGUAUCAGUAAUGUUUUUUUUUUUUUUUUUGUUGGGAUUUUGAUUUUUUUUAAAAAAAACAUUGGUCUUUUAAUUCACUUUUACAGUUUCUGUACAUUUCUAUCUUUUAUACGCCUUUUAAAAGAAGCUGUGUUAGAAAUUGCUUUAAAAGCCUGGUUUUUCUUUUUCCCCUCACUGGAGUAGAACUAAUCUAUCCAAAAUGGCUGAAAUUGUAACUUUUUGAUAAAAUGUACUGUUACCGUCACAAAUAUGCUUUUCUAAUAUUAUUUUAACAUUAAGAGUAUUGCAGAUGAUUUGUACAUCUUUCUUGCAAUAAAGAAAAUCAAACGAAA